AUGCCUUCACCAACUGAAAACAACAAUAGUGUAUUCACUCCAAACAAGAAUGCAGGUCGUCCCGACGCAAGUCCGAAUGAUGCUGUCAUUCCAGUGAACGACACAAAAACAGCUCCACUUCCUCCGACCAACAACAAAUUCACGGAUCGCGAAGUGUCGACCAUCGCUCGUAUUGUAUGGAACGAAGAUCCUGCAACAGCCGCGAUGGCGACGGAGCUCCAAGGAAUUUUUACUGUCAUGCAAUUGAGUAAACUUUCUGAUUUUGAGGGACAAGGUGCAACCGAAUUAAUUGGGUUUGCUGGCAUUCCAAGACCUGGCGGUACGAUUGGACCCAUCCAAUCAAAGCAUCUCAAGGAUUUCUUUGAUUAUGCGACCGCUCCUUCUGCGAGUCUCCCUCCGGACCUUACCUACACCAAAGCUCUCUUUGACCAGCUUUUUGAAGCUAUCUGCAUGUCUUUUCAUCUUGAAAAUCAGAUGUUGGCACAUCCAUAUCGAUGA